ACUUGGUAGCACUGAGGAAUGCUGUUUUGGCAUCCAUGAAGACGAACAGGACACGGUCUUCACAAGAUGAAGGUGAACCAUCAGAUGAGGAUGAUGAAUUAACAGCUCUCAGAAAGGCAGCAUUACUUUCCAAGAAAUCUAGAAGUGACAAUACAUUAUCUACAACAGAUAGAAAGCACACUUCCUACCAGCACAGAGAUGAUGGUCAUUACUAUGAGGAUCACAACCAUCACUCCAGCGACAGUAGACAAAAUUACUCUAACAAUUCAUACUCCUCUCGACAUCGGGAUGACAGAGGUCAAGCUUCAGUCAACAACAGGAGCAGUAAUCUGGUUCAUAUUCACACUGUACCAAUGGAAAGGGAGCAGCCAAGCAAGUUGGAUACACAAAUCAUCCGUCCCCAGGACAAGUGGCUCGGGUCUGAUGACAGGAGUGGAACUUCUACUCCAACCUCUAGCAAAACAAAAGUUGUAGACAAAUUUUCAAGAUAUGAAUCCAACUCUGAAGAUGAUGAGGAUAAUCAAAGUAGUGAUGAAGAGGAGCAGACAAAAGAUGAUAAACAGUGUGUAUCAGAUGAAUCUUCAGAUAGUUCCACUUCUUCUGAUGACGAGGAUAGUAAAAAUGUGUCAUCUAGUGACAGCAGCAGUAGCUUAGAAUCCGGCAGCAAUGAGAAGGAUACCCCAAACAAACUUCCAGAAGAAAACAGCAAAAGUGCUGAUGUGGUAUGUAAUGUGAAAAAAGACAUAAAACCAGUUCAUGACACCGUCCAGACCAAAACAGAAAGCAGUGAAAUAAAAAACACAAACCCAAGUGUUCAUUCCACAGAAGAUACCAAACCUGUGUCUAAUGAAAAAUAUGUUAAAACAAUUAGCAGAGAGAAGGAACAUUGUAAAGUGGAGAAAGAGGUAAAAGGUGUACAGUCAAAAAUCAGCGAUCAAUCAAGUGAGAAUGUCUCCCAAAGCAGAACAGUGAAAUAUUCCUCUAAAUCAUCAUCUUCCAGUGGUAGACUUAUAAUUGAGACAAAGUCAAUAUCAAGGACCAUGUCUCGAUCAAAGUCACCACAGUCCAAAUCUCCACGAUCCAAGUCACACCGGUCUAAAUCUCCUCAGUCUAAAUCCCCAAGGAGAUCAAGGAGAAGUCCGUCUCCAGAAAGAUAUUCUUCAUCUAGAAAUUCUAAAACUUCAGAGCCUGCUGCUAGGCCCCCAGGGAAAAUUUCAAUGUUAAGACCAGAGUACAUAUUUGGUCCAAAUGCUGUACAGCCAGAGAAACCAGCAGAAAAUAAAACUGAUUUUAAAGUGAGCACACUAAGAGACGAAGCAGGUUCAAAGAGACAAAAAUCACCACAUUUAGCAUCUGGUCAGCCUCACCCACCAGAGACAUCUCGUCAUCAGGAUAAAUCACCCAUUCAUUCCCAUAAGUCAAAGACAGCUACAGCAAAGACUCGCUCACCUGAUUACUCCAAGGGAACUAUGUCCAGAUCAAGAUCAUCUCUUGAGAGAUCCAAGUCAAAUAACAGGAGGUCAAGAUCAGCUUCAUUUGAGAAAAGUCGAAAUUCUGCAAGAUCACGGUCACCACAUAAAAAACGUGCAUCUUCUCCACACGAUUUAGCUGCAUUGAGAAAGAAAGUUUCUACCAAGGACUGGAUGGAUCAUAAAACAGAAAAUAGAAAGGAUGGUAGAAAAGUUGAUAGGAAAGAUAAAAGUUCUGAUGACAAAUCAUUGCAAUCUAAAAAGUCAGCCAAGAGCAGAGAAAUGUUUGAGAAAGAACGCGAGAGGUUAGAGGCCAGACAGAAAAAAAUUGAGAAAGUCAGUAAAAAUUCAGAUGAACAUAAAAAAGAAACAUCACAGCAAAAGAAAAGUAGAUUGCUUGAUGAAAACUCAAGCAGGAAAGAUAUUGAAUCAAAACAGAGGAAGAACAGUGAAAAAAUUCAGGAACACAAGAGAUCUUCUAGAAGUAAAAAACCUGCUGAUUCCUCAUCAGAAAGUGAAUCGAGUAGUUCAAGUAGUAGUGACAGCAGUACAUCGUCUUCUGACUCCAGUGACAGUGAUUCUAGCGAAGAGGGAUGGAGGAAUAAAAAUUCACGGAAGACAGAGCGAGAAACUGCAGAUAUUGAACGUGAAAGGAGACAAAGAGAGAAGGUAAAACGACAAAAGGAAGCAGAGGAAAGGAUAAGAAAACGAGAGGAAGAUUAUAAUAGGGACAGAAUGUCAGGCAGAAGGGAAGAUACUGACUCCUUUCGGAGUAAGAAUAGUUUCUCCAGUAAAGAAGAUCGUUACAAAAGAGGUCGAUAUGACCAUGAAGACAAGUAUGGUAGAGGCAGGGACAGAGGUGAUGACAGAUAUGAUAGAGGAGAGAGGGACAGGAGAGAUAGAUUUAGAUAUAAAGAUUCUUUUGUGAAAAAAGAUAGAAAGGAAGAAAGGAAUGUGGACAAAAAAACCAAGGAUUCCAAGGAAGGACAUUAUACUUAUCAGAACUGGAGCAAAGUGAGUAGCUCUGACUCUACAUCAAAAAAUUCUAGCACAGAAUAUAAAUCACUGAAAGAUGUCAAUGGGGAAAAACCUGGCAGUGGUGAUAAAGUGUCAAGCUUGGUUGAGGUAGCUGUCAACGAAAACAAAAAUAAUUCAAAUAAGUAUGAGAUGGACAAAAAUAGUCGAACUUUUCAGAAAGACAAUGACAAAGGAAGUCGUUCUCUUCAGAAAGAUUAUGAUAAACGAAGUCAUGAUGUGCAAAAAGACAAUGACAAAAGAACUAGUAGUGGCAAUGUCCAGAAAGAUAAUUAUAAAAGAAAUCAAUAUGGUCAGAAAGAGAGUGACAAAGGUUCUAGCAGUCGAUCUUCACACAAAGAUAAUGACAAAGGUAGUAAUCAAUCUAUUAAGAAAGACAUUGACAGAGAUAUAAGACCUGUUCAAAAAGAUGAGGUCAAGGAUGACAGUGAUAGACUUGUUCAGAAAAAUAAUGAUAAAGCUAAUCAUCCUGUUCAAAAAGACAAGAUAGAUCAGGAUAGUGCAGUUUUAAGUGGGCAAACCAUGGGCAAAGAGCAGAGAAGGAAAAGAUUCAUGGAUUUUGAAGAGGAAAAGGCAGAAACUGAAAAGGAAAUACCUCCUAAAAAAUUAUUGACAAGUAUUGUCUCUGUGACUUCAAAAACAUGUGAUAGUCAAGGAAAUUCCUCCAACAGUAAGGAUCCUCUGUCACAUGAACAACUUGUGAAAGAAGGAAAGAGCAAAUCAAAGAAGAGGCACGAGGAAGAGAAGUCAAAAGAGGAGAAUGCCAAAACUAAGAACUUUACUGUAACCAUUGACAAUAAAGGUUUUAAGGAAAGAUCAGUGGUGACGGAGAGGUCUAGGUCACCAGCCCUGGAUGGCCACCAUCAUACUAAAGUGGUGUGGAGGGAUGAGGCAUCAAAAGCUUGUCCAGAGACCUCACCACCUAAAAGGUUGUCCAUUCAUGACCGCCUAGGGCAACCUGUUCAUCACAAGAGGGCCAAAAUGCAACGACACAAUGAUGACCGACGACAUGAAUUGACUGUUACCAGGAGGGUGGAAACAACUGAUUCAGAGUUACCUAAAAAGACCAUUAUCGCUAAGGAGACACCGAAGACAGCCCAGACUGUUACAGAACCCCCUGGCCACCUCAGUGAUCUAGAUGCAAGAAUACUGCUGAUAAAAAAGAAGAAUGCUGAAAUUCUGAAGAGACAGGCAGAAAUUGACCAGGACAAGGAAAGAUAUGGAUGAGAUCAAUAGAGCAGUAUUGACUAUAAUACUGUCAAAUUAUAUAACUUCACUAGCUGUCUACUGGAUGCCUUCAACUCCAAACACUGCUACAGAACACGAUGACAGGUAUAGGCAAUUGGAGACAGUCCCAGGAGGACCUUGACCACUAGUCGCCUACAGGACGAUCUCGACAGCUACUUCGUCCUCAGGUACUGAAGUACAACUGUGGUAGCUAAAGGAUGCCUUCGAUCACUGAGGGAGCAGUAAUCCAUCUCUGUGGUGCUGAUGAACUGUGAUUGUGAUAACCAAAAUAGACUUAAUAAUAUUGAAAUAAUGAUUCUGUUAAUGUUUCAUCAGAGUCAGGUAAUGAGAUAUCAUUGUACAUGUUAAUCAUGGUUAAUGUUAAGCUUGAAGUGAUAUGACAAUAAACGGUCAGGAUGUGUGCUAGAUUGCAACAUUACACAUUUAGGUGAAAUUUUGUUGAAGUGACUGUCAAUGUUUUUAACGGAAGAGAAGUUCAUGUUUUCAAACUGAAAAAUUCAAUGAACCUGUGGCUGAAAUUAAAAAGCAAUAAUUCAGGCAAUCUCAACGCAUUUAUUCAUGUGAUAAUUGCACUGAAAGUAUUUUUUUAAAUAAGUAUAUAUAUGGACUUGAACCAGUAAAACACCUGUAAAUGUGGCAAGCAGCAGCACUGGUUGGUAAGACAAAUUCAUAUUUUUACAUAUGCAGCCUAUUAUAAAUUUGAUUUAGACUUUCCAUGCUUUACCAGUGAUUUAUGUUUGCAUGAGGACAAGAAAAAAUCUAUCGAAAUAAAAGUUAAUGUAUGUUGAUUUUUAA